AUGCAUCUGCUCCGAUCAAUAUUAGUUGCCCCUGACACAAAAUAUUUCCACGAACCCGGCGGCGACAAUGAGCUUGGUCACUACGACAUCCGGUAUUUCAAGAACAGGGUGCCGUACGAGGAGCACAGGCCGGCAUUGCAACACCUCAUCCGGUCAUAUCUCACGACCUUCAAGUCCUUAGGCGUGGAGACGUGGUUGGCGCAUGGCACAUUACUGGGAUGGUGGUGGAACGGGCGCAUCAUGCCCUGGGACUAUGACCUCGAUGUGCAGGUCUCGGCCGCGACUCUGCACUACCUGGGCAAGAACCUAAACCGGACGCACCACGAGUACACCUACACGGACCCGACCACCGGUGCGACGCUGAAGAAGGAGUACCUGCUGGACAUCAACCCUCACCACAGCGACGUCGGCCGGGGCGACGGCCAGAACGUCAUCGACGCGCGAUGGAUCGAUCUGAGCAACGGCAUGUUCAUCGACAUCACGGGCCUGGCGGAGAGGGAGCCGACGAGGCAAGCGGGCGUGUGGAGCUGCAAGAACUUCCACAGGUACCGCACGACCGAGCUGUACCCGAUGCGCCAGACGGAAUUCGAGGGCGUACCGGCUACGAUCCCGUACUCGUUCGACCGAAUCUUGACGGAUGAGUACGGAACCAAGAGUCUCGUGACCACCGAGUGGGAAGGACACCAGUGGAAGCCGGAGCUCAAAGAAUGGGUGAAGAAGCCCGAGCCCCCGCAACAGCAAGCAGUCAACAAAUUCGGCCAGUUUCAGAGCAAGCCGCAAGGAAGCCACUAA